AUGACAUGUGGCGUAACAGGACUGGAUAAAACCCCUUAUCCACAAACUGAAGGAAUACUAACAUUCAUAAAAGAAGCAAAUUUCACCACCAGUCCACCACCACUAAUGGCCACCACUUCUUCAGGUUUUAAACUAAGAACAACACUGCACUUGGCUGAGCUCUUCACUUCUCAUCCUUUACAAUCUAAUCUCUCAUUAAAUUCUUUAUCUUUAACCCGAGAACCUAAUACCCAAAUAGAGAUAAGUUCUAACAGCAAAAGCAAUGAGUAUGCGAUUUCUGAUUGUCGGAAAUGGAGGACUAGAGUUUCCUUCUUACAGGGUUUCCUGUCAAAAGAAAAAGAUGUUAAAAGCCUUAAAGAAGAACUCUUUGAGGCCAUAGCUCCACUAGAUCGAGGUGCUGAGGCUUCGCCUGGAGAUCAAGAACGUGUCAAUGAGAUUGCUCGUAAACUCGAGGCAGUGAAUAAAGUAAAGGAGCCUCUGAAAUCUAAUCUGCUGAAUGGAAAGUGGGAGCUUCUAUAUACAACAUCUCAAUCUAUUCUUCAAGUAAAGAGGCCAAAAUGGCUAAGACCAAAUGGAAAAAUUUACCAGGCAAUCAAUGUGGAUACUUUAAGGGCUCAAAACAUGGAAACUUGGCCAUUCUUUAAUCAGGUUACUGCUAAUUUAGUACCUUUAAAUGCAAGAAAAGUGGCUGUUAAAUUUGAUUUCUUCAGAAUUGCUGGUCUGAUAUCAAUAGCAUCACCUGGAAGUGGUCGCGGUCAGUUGGAAAUUACAUACUUGGAUCAAGACUUAAGAAUUUCAAGAGGUGACAGAGGAAACUUGUUCAUUUUACAAAUGGUGGAUCCAUCUUACAGAGUCCCUCUGUAAUAUACUAUUUGUUUUUUUUAUCUGAAACUUAAUAUACCAUUAAUAAAACCAGACUUUAAGAUACUUUUUAGCCCUUGUACAUGUAAUAUUUCUUUACUUUUUUAAGUUUAAGAAUUGAAAUUA